AUGUCGUGGCUUAAUCUAAAUCAAAGUUUAAACAGUCUUAAAGGACAGAUUACAAACUUUGCUACAGAAGUUUUGUCCGAAGGCAGUUCCACAAUUACAAAUGAUGAACAAUCGAAGAUUGAUUCAGUGGAAAAGGAUCUUCAAGAAAAAUGCCGUACCCAGGAGCUCGAGAUUGCAGCUUUAAAGAAACAGAAUGAAGAAAUGCAAGAGUUACUUCAAGCUGAGAAACUUUCGCGGCGAAAUGGUCUUAAAGAAGAAGAAUCUAGUUGGUACUGGGAUCCGCCGCCGAAAACUGCUGUUAACAUCGACAAUGAAGUCGAGAAACAAUACAUAUUACAAAUUCAAGAAUUACAAAACGAAUUAUCCGCCUUAAAAGAGAACUACGCAAUGGAUCAAAAAUACGAAAAUGAUGAAGAGAUUAUGAGACUCAGAGAAGAGAACAAGAAUUUGACCUGCAGUCUGGACGAUUUAGACAGCCAGCACCAGCUAGCGAUGGAAAAGUUACUGACCUUAAAGAAAGAAUUGCAAAAGAACUUCGAAAUCUUAAAACAGGAACACGAAGAGUUGAAAAGUUCAAACGAGGAUUAUGCAACUGAAAUUCAAGUACUACUCAAUAAAAUUGGUCAAAGAGAUCAGGAAAUAGAAAGCCUAAAGUCCGUCAACCCUGAUUAUAACACAUUACAACAUAAAUACCAAAACUUGGAAAGAAUACACAGCCUGUUAAGAGAGAACGCUGAAAAGUUUCAAGAGGAGAACCAAGAGUUGCACGAAGAAAUAUUUAAAUUACAGGAACAGGUGACGAAGUUAGAACACGACAUAGAGAUUUCUACGAAGCAAAAUGAAGCGUCUAAUUUGGUAUCAAGGGAAAAGUAUGAAGAGCUUUUAAAAGAAAUCAAUGAUCUGAAACAUAUCCGCGAUUCAAAUCAAGUACAUUUGGAUGAAAUAAAUAUAGACGACAACGCUAAAGGUGUUAUAGAAACAUUGAAGAGGGAUAUCAGUGAAUUAAAACGAAAACUGGCGCAGUGUGAGGGAGAGGGUCAAGAUACUAAAGAUGGGAAAGUUAUGAAGACAGACAAAAUAAUGCAACUAUACAAUCGGUACGUCAAUUUUGAUUUACCGGUUGAUUACGUAGGAGAAAUACCGUCUGGUCCCGAAAAUAUAAUAUUACAUAAAAUAGAAACAUCCUUUAAAACGCUUAAUGCAUUCAAAAAAGAAAUUGACGUGUUAGAACAUAAACUGUCAGAAAAAAAACUGUUCGCCAACCAUCUUCAAACACAAAUUGACGAUUUAACAAAUGAAAAUGAAUAUCUCACAUCGGACAUACAACAUUUUGAAGGCGAGUUAGAGGAAAUGAAGAAAAACAAUGAUUUUCUUAUAGCUGAAAUAGCUGCCUUAAAGAAUAGUUCCAAAUUAGAACCGAUAAUAGAAACUCAUGAAGAUAAUCUAGCAAAAUUAGAAACAGAACUAGCGGAUUGCAAUAGAAUUAACAAAACAUUUGAAUCAGAAAUUAAAAGGAUAGAAUCUGAAUUAAAGGAGGUUCAAAAUGAAAAGAAAAUUCUCCAGGAAAGUCUUACUGAUAUGAAAAAUAAAUAUACUUCAAUGUUACAAGAACUAAAUGAUUGUAAAUCACAAACACAAGUUGUACAAGAACUCGAAAAUGAAGCGAAUGUAACACAGAAUGUAAAAUUCCAAAAAACGGUCUCUGAAAAUGAUGAUUUGAAAAAGAAGUUACAUGCGGCGACGUCAAAAAAUGAGCAACUCUUGAUAGAUAUCCAUAUAUUAGAAAAUGACAAAGUUUUACUGACUAAACAGUUGGAUGACCUGAAAGAGGAACUACUUAGUAAAUCUAACAUAGAAACAAGCACUAACAAUGAAAUAAUUGGCUUAGAGCAAAAAACUAUAGAACUGCAAAGUAACUUACAAGAAACAUUAUCCAAAAUUAAUGAAUUAGAAAUAGAAAAUAAAACAUUAAAGGAGCAACAGCGAUCUUUUCCGAAAGACGAUUGUACAACAGAUAUAGAAAAAGUAACCUUAGAAAAUAAUAGAUUAUCAAGAAAGUUGGAGGAAACUUUAAAAGAGAAUACAACUCUAAAAGGAGAUGUUGAGCGAUUCAAAAAUGAACUGAGCCACUUUAAGCAUUUAAGUAAAUGCUUAGAAGAAGAAAACAGUUUUCUCAAAGAGAAAGAAAAAGCUGCCGAUCAAGAAAUUUUAAAGCUUAAAGAUUCCAUUAAUAAUCUAAGCCGUAAAGAAGAAGAGUUUGCUGAAUUGACUAAGGAAUUAUUAUCACUUAAAGACAAAAAUAAACACUUGGAGCAAAAUAAAUUACAGCUUGAAAUAGAAUUAGCUUCCACUGAUGGUAAAAUAGUUCAGUUAGAAGAAGAAUUCGAAAAACUACUGUCAGAUCUAAAUGACAAAGAUUCCAUUAUUGAUAAUUUAAAUUCUACGGUAAAUAAAAACGCUAAUGAACUCUCAACGCUUCAUCAAAAUUUGACAGAUCUAAAAAACAGCUUAGAAAUUAAAAAUAAAGAAAUUGAACGUCUACAAAAUUCUCUACAAGAUAUCACACAAAAAAUGAAUAGCACGAAUCUCAGUUCAAACCAAAGUAUUGAAGAAUUGAAAAAGUUACAAAUAGAAAAAGAAGAAAUUAAUAAACAGAUGUUCAGUCUUCAAGACGAUAUAUAUCAAAAAAAUACUGAGAUCACUUCAUUGAGUAACACCCUUCAAGAUCUCGAGAAGUCGUGUGCUGACAGUAACCUCGCGCUAGAAAAGAGGGAUAAGGAAAUAAAAGAAUUAAAUCAAUCCAUAUUAGAAUUAACUGAUAAAAUUAAGGCAUGCGAAAACACAAUUCAACCAAAUGAUGAAUAUGCGAAAUUAUUAGAUGAAAAAAAAGCUGUAGAUAAAGUUGUAGACGAAUUAAAAUACAGCAUUGAAGUUAAAGAAAAGAAUUUAUUAGAUGAAAGACAUAGAUGUGAUGAGUUAGAAAAAACUUGUGAAGAAUUGAAAACAACCAUAAAUAAUUCAAUCGCUGAGAAAAAUGAAUUAAUCAAUCUCGUUAAUUUGAAACACAACGAAAGUAUUCAGUAUCAUAAUGAGAUUCAGAGGCUGAAUCACAUUCUUGUAGAACAAACAAAUGAGUUUAAGAAGAUUAUAGAAGAGAAAGAUAUUACUAUAAGACAUAUAGCUGACGGAUGCACAAGUUGUGAAGUAUUACGUACGAGUCUUAAAGAAAAAGAUGAAAUCAUCCUCGCAUUGAACCAGAACAUGAGUGAUUAUGAAAAAACGAAAUCUGAAUUUAUAAACGCUACUGAAACAGUCAAAAGUUUGACAAAACGUUGUAAAGAUUUAGACAAAAAUCUUACAAUCGAAAGGCAGAAGGUUAAGGAUUUGACAGCAGAAAACGCACAGUUGUCUGAACAAGAACAGAAUUCCUCAAAGGAGUUAGAACGAUUACGUCAUCACUUAAUGGAAACGGAGGAGAGUUACACACAGGAGUUGAUGACGUCAGAGCAGAAGUUGAACGAAUGUCAGACAAGAUUACAUCAAGUAGAAGAAAGAGCUAAGCAGACAAGCACGGUCUAUACAAGUAAUAGCAUCCGAGCCAAUCAGGAAGUAGAAACAUUAAGAAAUCAGAUUAAACUCUUAGAGAAGCAAAGAGAAGAUGUUCAAUUAAAACUAAGUGAAGCAGAGGAUGCAAGGAAUAGAAGCGAAGCCGCUCUCACAAACCUACAAGUGGUAUUGGAACAGUUUCAGUUAGACAAAGAAAGAGACAUACAUGUAGCAACAGAAAAAAUACGAAACAAAAUGGAAGAAUUUAGACGCGCAAAUGAUGAAUUAAAGAAUGAAAUCGCCAGGUUACAUAAGAAGUUAGAAGAAUCGAGCGCUGGUUUAAAAGCAGCGACAAGACUUGGCGACCAGGUGGAAACAAAAACAGCUCAAAUAAAUGAUUUGAAGGAACAAGUUCGAGCUCUUCAGAGUACAGUGGCUGCAGCAGAAGAGAGGUACUACAACGCUAUAUCCAACCAACAGGAUAAAGUUGAUAAAAACCUGGUUAAGAACUUGGUUAUUAACUACGUGGUUAGCUCACAGAAUAAUUUGAACAGAACACAAACUCUCAGAAUAUUAUCGACGGUCCUAGAUUUCAAUCAGACUGAAUGUGAGAAACUCGGUCUGAUGAAGUCUAACACUACCAAGGAUAGUUUAGCGGCGGAGUUCGUGAAGUUCCUACAAAAUGAAUCCAAACCUCGCCCUGUACUACCCGAUAUGAUGGGUCUAGGUAGUGUUGCCAGCUCGAGGAAGAGUUCCACUGUUGGUCCAAACCCAGUUUUCGAAGUCGGCCACAAACGUAAUCCAUCAAACAAUUCAAAUAACUUGUUAUUCAAUAAUUUGGACAACAUGGAGACUUCAUCUCAAGUGUCUUUUGAAUCAGACACUCGGGUCAUACCAAUAAAUGCUCUAGACACCGGUGUCAAUCAAAUGAGAAACAACGAAGGCGCCAUCUUGAAACACGUUCUGAAGGAUAUAAUCGGACCAUCAAGACCAAAACCUAAAUACUUCGCCACGGAACAAACUGUGUCCUUGGCAGAGCCGAUAGCCGCCAAGGACGGACCUUGGAAGCCAUUUACAAAUUUGGAUGAAAAAUUAGGACGAUUUGUCCGCAUGAAAAUGGCGCUGCAACUAAAAUAUUCAGACGAGCACGGCAUCCUGCGAAUAGAUAUGACUGAGUCUAGUGACCAGGACAAACAACCAGACAUACGGGACCCAGAGUUUGACUCCAUCAACCAACGCUUCACUCAAUACGAUCUGUUUGGAGGGGGCAACCAGUCACUGUUCAGAAGCCGAUACAACAGUCUUGAGGAGGAACUGGCGAACACGCCGUACGCGUUCGAUCGAAACUUACUAGACAUCACGAUAGAAAAAGAUCUACAAGACAAUAGGUUCUUCGAUCACGAUCUAUUCGGACCGAAGAUAGAUUUGAAGAAAGAUUCCUUCACUGUUACCCAGCUAAUACAUGCCCAGGAUAGGUACUAUGAUUUGUCGAAAAAGGGGAAAGUCAGGAGUAUAGCUGAGGGGUUUGAAGUGAAAAGUGCGCCGGGUUCGGCGAAAAGGACAAGUGGUAGGGGUGCUUUUAAAGUUUUACCGGUAGAUGUCAGUGUUGGAUGCCCGAAAAAAACACAUACAACAGUUCCAUCAAAACGUAAAGGCGAGACCUCCUUCGCGAUCAUCGCUGAACCUUCGAGACCGAACAGCCCACGAUCACUACCAGUCGAGAUAAGACCCGGGAGAGUUUCACCUUUUAAAGGUCGCGGAUUCAGAGAAGAAACAUCACGCCACAAUACGCCAAAAACAUCAGCUGCCAAUUCAAGAUCAAAUUCACCGCCACGAAGAACUCACUCGCUAUCACGAAUUGACAAAAUGGCUCAAAUGGCUACACUACCCCCGCCGGGCCCGGUUCAUAGACCGCCGCGGGAUUUUCUUAAAGAAAACAUGGAAGAAAUAAGAGAACUCAGUGAACUGAACAGAGAAAAGAAUGAAGCAGAGGCCGAGAAGAAGAAAGUAGAAGAAGAAAUAGCGCUGUUGAAGGAAAUGGGACUAAUAGAUAAAAAAGGUGAAAUAAAAAGCGUAGUAAACUCCAGAACGAAUUCUCGAAGCAGUUCGCCUAACAAAUUCAUUUUACGAUCAAGAUCUAACUCACCAUCAGCUAUUCUACUCGAAGCUAGGAGUUCUGAGUACCUUAACAAAGAUGGAGGGAAACCUGUAGCUCAUCGGUCUAGAGUUCGAUCGAUAUCAAAAUCUCAACCUCAAUCUGGUAAUGGAUCUCCGAAACAUUCUAAAAUACCAACGAGACAAAAUUCGGUUUCUCCAACCAGGUCAAACUCAAGACAAUCUAUGGAUAAAAGCUUUUCAAAAAAUCAAAGGCAUAUAUCAAACAGUACGAGUAGCAUUCACGAGUCCAUAAGGAUAGGAAGCACGGUUCAUGACAAAAGGGCGAGUCAAAGUACUGAUCUUUUGAAUAUCGGACCGACUAAUAUUAAGAAUAAGCCACCGAUUUCUCCUGGCAGAAUUGGACCACCUCCUUCCAAUAAAUCAAUAAACCCAAAAAGAUUAUCUCCCAUAGUUGGAACACCAAGUAAAAGUCCUCUGGAAGAUUCUAAGCCUCCGUCAGCAAAAAUAACUGCUAACUCAACAGCUACCAAAGGUACUAAACCUGUUAAAGCCGCUGGCAGUACUCCGGCUGCUUCUAGAUUAAAUUCCAGACAGGCCAGUAAAGUUACCAGUCGUGACGCCAGUCCAGACAAACGUAAAACGAGUACUGGUGUUUCUAAAAUGAAUGGUGUUACUAAAACUGCAACAAAGACUCCUAAUACACGUACCACUCAGAAACCUCCCGUUGCCAAUAAAUCUGAGCCUAAAAAACCUAUAAGUAGAACCAGCAGCGUAAAAAAUUUAAGCAGAGCUCCAAGCACUAAAGCAUUAAAUGAGAAGCCUCCUUUAAGUAGACAAUCGAGUAAAAAGGAUAUAACUGAAAAAUCGAAACCAGUAAGUAAAAAGAACGGAGUGACAUCCAAAGUCGAAGUUACUGAAGGAAUGGUGAUGAAAACAGAUGACAGUAAAAACGAAAUCAUUGAAAAUAAAGACAAGAAAGACGAAGAUAAUAAAGUGGAUGCUAACGUUGGAGACUCGAUCGAAAAACAUGACAACGAAACUCAAUACGAUAAAAAGCCCGCCGACACGGAAGAACUUGUUAUAAUGACUAAGAAAAAUGUUGUCUCUAUGACCACUGCGGCGAUUACCUCUCAACCAUUAGAAGUUGUAACGACAGUGACGAACCAGCUACCAGCAGCUUUGGAAAAAGCGAGGGAAAAGGCGGAGAUUGAAAGAAUCAGUUCUAAAGAUUCAUUACUAGGAGUGGAAGAUGAAAAAGUUACUAAAACUUCAGAAGAAAAUAAAAUAGAAAAAGAAGAAAAGAGAGCAUCAAAAACCAAGUCAGAAAAAGCUUUUGAUGAAAGUGUCAAACUUAGGCCGUUACAGCCGCCUUACAACAACCCUCAAGUAGAGAGAGUGAAACAAAAAAUAGAUUCCAUAUUAAAAGAACCCGAAAUAUCAACAGAAAACAUUUUAGCAGCAGCAAAACCGAAGGAAACCCCAAAAGCCACUGCUGACAAAGCCAGAGAGUCAAUUAAAUCAUUAAAAAGCGAUAUAAUAGAAAAACAAGAAAAAAUAAAAAAACAAACCGAAGAAAUUACAGAAUUCAAAAAGGAAGCGAGCAAAAUAGUCGACAGCAUCAUAACACCAGUUGAAGAACCGAAAGAAUUAAUGGAAAAAACUAAAGACGAGAUUAAAAAAGACAUAGAACCGAUAGUAAAGGUAGUGAGUGAACGAAGGAAGGAGGUUAAGGCGGACGUGGAGAGAAUGACUGAGACUUUAGUACAGGGAGGGCCAGAGGUCGAGGUUCUUAGCUCUAACUUGUCAACCCCUGGAGCCCGAACGAAGAAGGCUGACGGAACAUCAGAGAAAUCUCACAGCAAUGGAGGGUUCCCUCAAAGUACAAGCACAACACCAAAACCACCGCCGCGAGCUCAUCGAGAAUCAAAAGAUAAAUCACCACCAGCUCAAGAGACAGAGGAACCCAAAGAAGAAACAGCCAAGACGAACAUUUGUACCAGGUUUAUGGGAAAAUGUAGAACUGCAUGUUCCUGUUGCACCAAAACACAAAACGAGAUAGAAGAAAGAAACUUAGACGAGGAACAACCAGCGAAGAAACACUUCCUUCAGAGAUUGAACUGCUUCAAGAAGAAGAUUCCUGAUGAAGAUAUUGAGGCAGCAGCUGGGAAAGGAACUACGAUAGAAUUUGAAAGCGAAACGAAAAGAAAACGUAAAAUACGAGACGUGUUAUGUGGGUGUUGUCGACGGGACCGUGUCGCUGACGUGUCGGAGCCGCGAGCCGUGGACGUGUCGCCGCCCGUCACGACGUCAGACGUGGUCAAGGAGGGAGGAUGCUGUGGGAAGAGGAGGGAGGUCGAGAGGAGGGACAGCAUCCUCAGCGAGCAGCCGACAUCCACCUGCUGCAGCGCUUUCAACCGCUGGAUCGUUGGUGCUUGUCGUCGCUCCUCCGAGGGUUCUUCAAGCCGUCGCACCAGUCUGUUCUCCAAGAACAAGAGCCUGUCGCCAACCCUUCCGCCUGAGGAUACUCGUAAGAAGUUGGAUUCAACUCUGAUUGAACACACGAGUGCUAUGCGCGGCGCUAUACCUGUACUGGCCUUACCACUGGCUGUCUUCUGUCUGAUAUGUAACAUUCUACUGCCGGGACUCGGUACUAUAUUCAGCGGCUUGUUUUGUCUAUGUUUUGGGAUUCCCCGUUUCGGUGUGUACGACGGAGCGAAACAUAGAAUUGGUUCCCUGGUCAUCAACCUGCUAGUAGGAUGCAGUCAACUGUUCACUGUUCUGUUCUGUCUGGUGGGAUGGGGCUGGGCCAUCUGGUGGGGAGUUAUCAUGGUGCAGGUUUCUCGUAAAUACAAAAAAUUGAAAGCUGACGCCGCCGCAGCUGAAGCGGAAGCUCCUCCAGUGACUAACAACAACCACACGAGACCCUAG